UAUAUGCAAAGCAACUCUAGAAAUUACUAGCACACACACAAAAAGCCUUCGUAACUUUGAGUAAACAAACAUCUUGGUUUUCAGAGCUAAUUGCACGUCCCCUAAAAUCCCCAGCAAAUUGCUUCUGACUCCCAGGCGCGGAGAAGCAGCCGCCCAUCGCUCCCGGCGGAGCUCUGCCGUCUGUCACAGCCGGACUCGCUCCCUCCCUGUUUACUUUCGCUUCUCCAAGUUGCCCGUGACCUCUGCUUCUCCCGGCAAGGAGGAUUGCGCUGCGGCCGCCCCGCGUGGGACGUGUGCCGGGCACGGCACACACCCACCCCUGAAACCGAUGGAUGAUGCUCUACAGAAGCUAUCAGUCAUAUUGUCAUCGGCUGCAGCAUGACAUGUAUUUCCUUACAAGCACUAGCCGACUGAAUGAGCAAGUGGUUGAUAAAAUUGUUCUUCAGCUUAACAGAGUCUAUCCCCAAAUUCUUACCAAUGAAGAAGCAGAAAAGUUCAGGAAUCCAAAGGCAUCACUCCAUACCAGACUCUCAGAUCUGUUAAAACACCUCCAAAAGAAAGGAGACAGACACUGUCAGGAAUUUUACAGGGCUCUGCAGAUCAAUGCUGAACAGCUGUUUAAUGACCUGCCAAGCAGGAAAAUCUUGAAAACCCCAGAUUCCACAGAGAUAGACACUGACAAGGAGCAAUAUAUGCUAAAUGACAGGGGCCCAGUGUUUUUCCUGGCCUGUUUCAGCGUGGCUGCAGGACUGGCCCUGUUCUGGUAUUGCUGUAACUCGGAAACACAAGCCAUAGGAAGAGCCAGGAGAAUUUUGGGCUUUUCUCCUAUUAUCAUAGGAAGACAUGUUAGAAAUAUUUGUAUGUUGUAUUUGGAAGACAUACCAAGAAAUUAAGGAAAAGCUGUCUCUUCACUUGUCUGUACAGUACGCCGGCCAAAGGAAGCCAACGGUGCAUAAAUAUUAAUGUCCUAUACUCAUACCAAAGAUUUCAUUAACUAGCUUCAUCAAUAAUUGCCUUGCCUCCAGAUGUAUUCAGAAUUUCAGCUAUAAAUGUCCUUCUUUAUGGGAACGGAUCGUUUUAUUUUUGUAAAUGCUUAUUUUAAAGUAUUUAUCGUUUGUAUAAAAAAAAUAUUUUUACUACAAGCUUUAAAAUGAUCUCAUAAGUGAGUGUGGGUCUGAAGCCAUGUUUGCAUAUGUGUUUUCUCUACUGGAAUGAAGGAUCACAACUGUUUGAAGAACUCUGGCCUGUCUCUUGUGAGAAUUAAUUUAAGAAAAGCACUUGAACACAUGCACUCAAAGCCUUACUAAGAAAUGGAUCUCUGUCUCAGAACUGUCUGUUUUGUCUAGAUCCUUUAUAGUCACUGCCUGAGCUCAGGUGGGCACUGGCACCUGUGAAAAGUUUAUGGGGGCCAGUUCCCUUUAUGUCUGCCUUGUAUUCACUGUGACUUCUGAUUCCCUGUUGGUGCCUCAUCCCAGCCUGCCUUGUUCCUGAUCACACUCAGCUGCUGGCCCUGGUUUGAAUGCCCUGAAGCUGGUGCAGGCUGGUUCUCAGCCCAUGGGGUGUUCCAGGGACUGGAAUGUCUGACGUGAAGCACUUCAGACUACCAAGAAAAUGUUCCAGAUUUAUUUAGCUUUCCCGUUCCCAGUGAAGUGAUGGGAGGCUCUGCAGAGAGACCUGGAAAAACUGGAGGGCUGGGCAAUCACCAACCCAGUGAAGUUCAACAAGGGAAAGUGCUGGAUUCUGCACCUGGCAUGGGGCAAGCCUGGAUGUACAGACAGGCUGGGGAACGAGAUGCUGGAGAGCUGCACCAUGGAAAGGGACCUGGGGGUCCUGGUCAGUGGAAAGUUGAAUGUCAGUGCCCUGGCAGCGAGGAGGGGGCACCAGGCCCAGCAUGGCCGGUCAGGCCAGGGAGGGCAUUGUCCCGCUCUGCUCUGCACUGGGGUGGCCUCAUGUCGAGUGCUGGGGGUAAUUCUGAGCACCACAAUAUAAGAAAGACAUUUAACUAUUAGAGAGCUUCCAAAGGACACUUCCAGGGCUAGGGCAGCAACAGCUUCUCUGGGCAACCUGAGCCAGGACCUCCUUACCCUUACAGGGAACAAUUCCUUCCCAGUAUGGUACAGGAAAGUUUACUAUGGCUAGGGCUAUAUUUCCUCCCUUCCUGAGGUAGCCUGAGAUGAGGAUGUCUCUCAGGGAAAAAGAUUAUCCAGAAUGAGCUAUGGGUUAGAGCUGGAAGGAGAAAGAAAAAAUGAGUCUUGGUUCAUCCUAGUGUGAAAGACCUAACAGCAAAGAAUAGAAAAUAAUCUCUUCCUUCAUUAGUGCCAGUUAUUAAUUUGAACAGUGAAAGUCAGGCUGCCUAUAAACUUGGCAUGUGCAUUGGUUGGGAGACAUUCUUUUUCUUGGAAUAUUUUUCUUUCAGGAGCUUGCUUCUCUGCAGGCACAUCUAUGCAGCACAUAUGGAUAGUGAUAAUUCCAUUUUCAGCUCCUGGAGGAAGCACGUGUGCACCUGCAGAGGAGUCAGGUCCUUGUGGGCAAACAGUGUUAUGGACUUGGGAAUAAAUCAAACAGGGUUUUGGAUGAAGCUGCUGAGCUGCAGAAUUCUGGUUUCCCUGGCAAGUAAAAAAUAGCUUGGCCUUUGCUGCUGAAACUGUGCUGGUAUUGAUUUAUAAACGUGCUUCACUCUUUGUGCAGGGAGGUUGUCCUGGCUGGGUUGUAGGUGCUUCCAUGCAGAGGGUAGAGGCCAUCCUUGUGAACACCAUGGUUCUCAUGCUGCAGGCAGGAACUGUACAGGAGCUAAGGAGAAGCAACCUAGGCAGGGAUGCUCUCCUGGAGAGCUGGAUGUGCCCCUCGGGAAGGAGAUGAGGGUGGGUUGUGCAGGUCAUCGAGCCAUUGGCUCCUGCCUGCUCAGCUUGUGCUGCUUUCCACCAGGGACUGUCCCCCUUUGCCGCUGAGUGAUUUGUGCAUGAAUCCUGAGGGGAAGGGAAUGGGGGAUGAGCUCCAGGUUCUUCAGCCCUAAGGCCUCCUGCUAUCUAGCAAAAAAUCAUCUUCCUUCCCUGGUUGUAUUUUUAAUGAAUGGGCAUUUUGAUUUAAAGUAAAGCUGAAGUGCCUCUGAUUGUCCUGGUGGUAGUGUCAGGGCUGUCUCAAUCCCAGGACAAGAGCUGUCCAGUGGGAUCACCCUAGGCUGAUGUGCAGGUACCGGCUUGAGCGAUGAAGAUGGUUAAGGCCGAGUGACGGGACUGUCUGUGUGCAGAGAGCUGGGAAGCAAAGUGACAGAUCCUAGAAUGAAUUUGCACAAUUCCAUUUAAAGCCAGACUGCUAUUUAAAGGACUUGGUGAAGGAUGAUAUGCCUGAUGAGCUGGAGUGGGAAUGAAGUGAUGAUUCAUUCUGGGAUGCACUGGGCUGUUUUACAGCUGCUGGAUGGAGUUUGCAGUUAAAAGUGCCUUUGCCAAGGCAAAGUUACUCCUUUUGUUUCUUUCAUUUGUCUUUAUUUUUAUUGUACUGUAAUAAACUGAAAAACAUAUUUGGUCAAAAAUGUGCCACUGUGGAUGCUUUUCCCUGCCGUUCUAUGUGCACAGAUGCUACUCCAUGUUAUGCCAUGCCUUGGCUGUGCUGCCAAGAAUCAGUUUGCUGCACUUCACACGUCCUGUGUCCUGCAGUAAUUUCUCUGUAGUAAUUUCUCUGAAUGUACAUCUUCUUGAAUCCUGUAGAAAUUAAUGGAUUUCUUUUUUUAAUGGGGUGAAGCUGGAAAUUAAAUUGAAAUAAAAUCUGAGAGAAGAA